CGUUCAGCUCAGUUACGGCGAGAUAUAUAUUAUCGACGGAGGCGAUGGUCACGAAAUCCUACGAUUAACCGCCAUCCUUUUGAUAUCGCCUGAAACCGUAGCGUUGUGCAUCUCCCCACUCCUCUCUGUCCCUACUCAUCUCAAUCGUAAGCGUAGGGUCUUGUAAGUGUAAUCAUCAUGGGUGGGGAUGAUAAGGAUUCUCCUGCCAAGAAAUAUAAACGUGAUAUUAAGGAAGCUAAUGAUUCUGAUUCGGAUGAUAAUUAUGAACCAUAUAUACCAGUCAAGGAACGUAAAAAGCAGCAGCUUAUUAAGCUUGGGAGACUAGGACAGCUAAAAGAAGAAGCCACAAGUGGUUUUGGAGGCAGAAGUAGUAGUGAAAAUGAGAAAGAUGAUGGAGAUGAUGACGACGGCCAAGUGUGGGGACGCAAGUCCAACAUUUCUCUCCUCGAUCAGCACACAGAAUUGAAAAAACUAGCUGAAGCUAAGAAAGAAAGUGCUAUGGAACGACAAUUGAAAGAGGAAGAGAAGAUUUUGGAAAGUGUAGCUGAAAAUAAAGCUUUAAUGGGUGUUGCUGAAUUGGCUAAAGGUAUUCAAUAUGAUGAUCCUAUAAAAACUAGUUGGCGACCACCAAGGGCAAUCUUAAGCUUCUGUGAAAGCAGACAUGAAAGAGUUCGACGAAAGCUUAGAAUUUUAGUCGAAGGUGAUGAGGUACCUCCCCCACUAAAAAGUUUUAAGGAAAUGAAGUUUCAUCGAGGAAUUUUAAAUGGACUAGAGCAGAAAGGAAUCAGUAAACCUACACCUAUUCAAGUUCAGGGAAUACCAACUGUAUUAUCAGGCCGAGAUAUGAUUGGCAUAGCUUUCACAGGUAGUGGUAAAACACUGGUAUUCGUUCUGCCAUUAAUAAUGUUCUGUCUGGAGCAAGAAACAGCUAUGCCUUUUAUAAGAAACGAAGGUCCUUACGGCCUCAUCAUUUGUCCAUCUAGGGAGUUAGCAAAACAAACUCAUGACAUUAUACAACACUAUACGAAUAGUCUAAGACAAGCAGGUUGCCCAGAAAUUCGUAGCUGUUUAGCAAUUGGUGGUGUACCAGUUUCUGAAUCUCUGGAAGUCAUAAAUAGAGGUGUACACAUAAUGGUGGCAACACCAGGCCGAUUAAUGGAUAUGUUAGAUAAAAAGAUGGUAAAAUUGGGUGUUUGUCGUUACUUGUGUAUGGACGAAGCAGAUCGUAUGAUAGAUAUGGGUUUCGAAGAAGAUGUUAGGACAAUUUUCUCUUUCUUCAGGGGUCAAAGACAAACAUUACUCUUCUCAGCAACUAUGCCAAAAAAGAUUCAAAACUUCGCUCGAUCCGCCUUGGUAAAGCCAGUAACGAUAAACGUAGGAAGAGCUGGUGCUGCAUCAAUGAACGUGAUUCAAGAAGUAGAAUACGUAAAGCAAGAAGCUAAAAUCGUAUAUUUACUAGAAUGUCUUCAAAAGACUACUCCGCCGGUGUUGAUAUUUGCCGAAAAGAAGCAAGACGUGGACGCCAUUCACGAAUAUUUACUUUUGAAGGGAGUAGAAGCUGUUGCCAUUCAUGGUGGAAAAGACCAGGAGGAAAGAUCUCGUUCGGUAGAAGCUUUUCGUGCAGGACGUAAAGACGUUCUGGUAGCUACGGAUGUUGCUUCAAAGGGUCUUGAUUUUGCGGAUGUGCAGCACGUUAUCAAUUAUGAUAUGCCAGAUGACGUCGAAAAUUACGUUCAUCGUAUUGGAAGAACUGGUCGUUCAGGGCGCACGGGAAUAGCUACAACAUUUAUCAACAAAGCUACUGACGAGUCUGUAUUGCUGGAUUUAAAACACUUGCUCAUGGAAGCAAAACAAAAAGUACCACCGUUCUUGUUGGAACUCUGUUCCGAGAAUGAGAAAUAUUUGAAUUUGGGAGAUGAACGUGGUUGCAGUUACUGUGGUGGUCUCGGUCACAGAAUUACAGAAUGCCCCAAAUUGGAGGCUAUACAAAACAAACAAGCAUCGAAUAUUGGUCGCCGUGAUUAUUUGGCCAGUAACGCGGCUGAUUAUUGAUUUAUACGUUUUUAUUGGACGCAUAUACAUAAUACGCUUUUACAAUUAAUUGGAUUUAUACAAUAGGUAUUCAAAUCAAUAAAUGAAACAUCAAAACCAAA